UUGUAACUAAAAGCUGGCCUUGCAGGCCAGGGAGUGCAGCUGCAGAUGUGGGGGUGGCAGGAGCCGCAGAGCCAAAGCAGACAGCAGAGAAAAAGGUGGACAGUGUGAGAGAGCCAGUGGUCUCGCUCUGUUGCCCAGGCUAGAGUGUACUGGUGUGAUCAUAGCCCAUUGCAGCCUCAGACUCCUGGGCUUGAGAAAUCCUCCCGCCUUAGCCUCCUGCAUAUCUGGGACUCCAGGGGUACACUCAAACCCUGUUUCUUCUCCUGUGAGUGGACCACCGAGGCUGGUGAGCUGUGGGUCAUCCCAAAGCUCAGCUCUGAGCCAGAGUGGUGGCUCCACCUCUACCACCGGCAUAGAAGCCAGGAGCAGGGCUCUCGGAAGGCGGUGGUGCCCAGCUGCAAUCAUGUUGUUGGCCCUGGUCUCUCUGCUCAGCUGCCUGCUACCCUCCAGUGAGGCCAAGGUCUACAGUCGCUGUGAACUGGCCAGAGUGCUACAGGACUUCGGGCUGGACGGAUACCGGGGAUACAGCCUGGCUGACUGGGUCUGCCUUGCUUAUUUCACAAGCGGUUUCAACACAGCUGCUGUGGACCACGAGGCUGAUGGAAGCACCAACAACGGGAUCUUCCAGAUCAGCAGCCGGAGGUGGUGCAGAAACCUCACCCCGAAUGCCCCCAACGUGUGCCGAAUGUACUGCUCAGAUUUGUUGAAUCCUAAUCUCAAGGAUACUGUUAUCUGUGCCAUGAAGAUCACCCAAGAGCCUCAGGGUCUGGGUUACUGGGAGGCCUGGAGACAUCACUGCCAGGGCAAAGACCUCACUGACUGGGUGGAUGGCUGUGACUUCUAGGAUGGACGGAACCACACACAGCAGGUUGGGAAUGUGGUUUGGUUCCUGACCCAGGCUUGGGAAGACAAGCCAGCAAAUAAAGGAUGGUUGAAUGUGA